AUGAAGCAAAGGAGCCCUGCACAUGACCACGCGUCAUUUUGCGCUUCUUUCUCUUCUGAUUUGAUAAACCUUGAGCCCAUUCAAAAUCCCAAAAAACAAUCGGACAGAGGAUGGGCUGUUGAUCAAGCCAUUUUGGCUGAAGAAGAACGUGUAGUUAUCAUCAGAUUUGGUCAUGAUUGGGAUGACACCUGCAUGCAGCGAGAGAGAAAGAUGUCAUACUUGCUUCCACACUUGCACUCAGGAUGGGCUGUAGAUCAGGCAAUCUUAGCUGAAGAAGAGCGACUAGUGGUCAUUCGAUUUGGUCAUGAUUGGGAUGAGACUUGUAUGCAGAUGGAUGAAGUUCUGGCAUCAGUAGCAGAAACGAUAAAGAACUUUGCUGUGAUAUACCUGGUGGACAUCACAGAGGUUCCUGAUUUUAACACAAUGUAUGAGUUGUAUGAUCCAUCCACAGUCAUGUUCUUCUUCAGAAACAAGCAUAUUAUGAUUGAUCUUGGGACUGGUAAUAACAACAAGAUCAACUGGGCUCUCAAAGACAAGCAGGAGUUCAUUGACAUUGUUGAGACUGUCUACCGUGGGGCAAGGAAGGGUCGCGGUCUUGUCAUCGCUCCAAAAGACUACUCCACAAAAGAGAACAGUAUCAACAGAAGUUACGGAAGAGGGAUGAAGCCGAUAUGGAUAGAGGUGAGAACGAAGUUCCCAAUAAGUAACCCAGAACACCAGCAAAUUAGACUUGAUGGCCUUUCCUCUAAAGAGUUGGUCACAUCUCUUCUCCAACGGCAGGCUACACAAUCUGGGAUUGGCUAUAUAGCUGAACUCGACAAAUGUGGCAAACUGUCUUUCCGAAUGUUGAGAACUGGUUCCUGA